CGAACUACCGACAAGCUAACAUAAACCUAGAAAAAUGAUUCAAACUGUUCGCCGAGGAUUGGUCCAGCAACUACUGGGUUGUUCGUUGUGGCCAACUGCCCCACAUUCUGUGCAAAGGAAAUGUAAUAUGUCGACCCAAGACAAAGAUGAGCACGAUGUAACAAAUGCUUCAGAUGUCUCUCCAUUGAAGAGGACAAAGACUGAAACGCACUCUGAAGAUGACCCACUCGUCCUUAAAUUCGCUAAACUCUCUGAGCUGGCAACGACUCCAACGAGGGGUUCUCCCAGAGCUGCAGGCUACGACCUUUACAGUGCUUACGAGUACACCAUUGAACCUAUGGACAAGGCCCUGGUGCGUACGGAUUUACAGAUUGCGGUUCCUCACGGCUACUAUGGUAGAGUAGCACCCAGAUCUGGACUGGCAGUAAAGAACUUCAUUGAUGUUGGUGCCGGAGUUGUCGAUGAGGAUUAUAGAGGCAAUGUUGGAGUUGUGCUCUUCAACUUCGCCAAGACUCCCUUUGUGGUGAGGAAGGGUGACCGGAUAGCUCAGCUGAUCUGUGAGAAGAUCUGCUACCCAGAGCUAGUGAUGCUGGAGACCCUUGACGAGACACAACGCGGAGCUGGGGGCUUUGGGUCAACUGGAGCCAACUGAAAUGAACAUGUAUAAAGUACAAAAUUAUGAAUUGGUUGAGUUAUGUGAAUUAAAUAUUUGUUUUAUAUUAUUUGUUUUCAUUGGUAUACUUUUUUCUAACAAUAUAUCUGUGCAUUAAUUUGGUGUCCUUGUUUUCAUUUGUACUUCUCUUAUGAUAAUCUCCCAGACACUAAUGAAGAAAAUGUUAUUUCACCACAUGGGGGCACUAUAGGGAAAUAAAUAAUUCAGUGUACCAUAAAGUCUAACUUGACUUUCAAAGGUUAUGUGUUAAGUUUUAUGUUGAACCUUUCUCUUAAUUUCAGGAGAAGAUGCAGGGUAUAAUUUGUUCUGUAUGUACACAACCCAUAUGCCUCCUUGAGCAAGACUCCUACCUGCCACUCCCUAAAUAUGUAGCUGAAUAUAUUGGAAAAAGAAUCAGCCAUAUUGCUACUAAGAAAGAAAUGGUAAAUAGCCUCAAUAAUUCAAAUAAA